UUUAAUUGCUUGUUCCUUAUCGAGCCUGUACCUCUGAGUCGCUCUCUGGCUUUUCGUGGUUGCCUCUCUUCUUCUCCACGCCUUCUUGAAGAUGUGUACCACCAAUUUAUCAUCUUCAUUUUUACCACCAGCACUACCAACAUCGUCAUCGUCGUCAUCAUGACGCACAAACCUUUCUCCCGCCAUUCCCUAGAGUCCUGCACCCUGAAGCUCAAUAGAUGGAAGCCUUUCUUCCUCUCUGCUGAAUCCCAGAAAUCGGAUUCCCCAAGCAGGGACCCUACUUCAUCUUCUUCCAUAACCACGAAUAAGCAGAAGCCCAAGGCCCCAGAUGGUCUUGUCAACCUCCCUACCAAGAAACAGUGCCUCUCGGACCGACCCAUGAACCCCCAGACCUCCAUCUCAAAGAAUAUGGAAUUCGUGGAAUUCGCCAGCCCCACCACCCUCAUCGAUACUAAUGAUUCCAAUCAGCAGUCCAAGAAGAUGGUGGUGGGUUUCCGCCACCCGUGGAAACGAAGGCGCCGGGGUUCGCGAUCUGCCUCUGGACGCAGCAGCGGCGAUCGGAGCCGGACGGCGGUUGCCGCGGCCUCCGCUUCGGAUUUCCCCAUCUGGGCAGGGACGGAUUCGAGCGGGGAGCUGUUUUUCAAUUGCGAUCAAAAUUGGGUUUCCGACGACUCCAAGGGUUCUGGCAGGAAGGAGGGGAAGGAUGUAGUCGGUGGAGGGGAAAAUGUUUGCUCUUCAAGUUACCAGUUGCAAGGGGUUGUUGAUUCCCAGAACAACGAGUCUGGGUAUGUGAGCGAGCCAGGGUAUAGAGGGGACGUGGAGUAUGGCUAUGGCGAUGAGCUUGAUGAAGAGGAGGAUGAUUCGCGUAUUUUGUUUUGGGGCGACUCUGGCGCCGCCGAUAUGGAAGUUGAAGAGAGGAUGGAAGAUGUUGGUGCCAAUGCAUUUUCAGAGCAAAAGAGUCAUCACAGAUGUAGACGGAAGAAGCAUGAAUAUAGAAUGGUCGUCUCUUAGGAAAGAUGUGGGAUCUUAUAGUUGGGGCAUGCUGAACCGCAGUUGGCUGACCAUCAAGCAGCACGAAUUAGGGACAUUCAGUUUAAAACUCAUAACAAGGAAUCCACCUGCUGGUGUUACUGGGUAGAGCAUGGUCGUCGUUUGUUAUACAGAUGCUUCAACUUUCUCUCUCUCUCUCUCCAGGCCAUUGGUUGUUGCAGAAUCAGUUUUUGGGUGGGUGACAUUUUUUUGUUGUCAUAUUGGUUCUCUCUGUUCAUGGGAAGUAAACCAUGAUAUCAUAUGUAAUCAUGUAUAUUGUGUUCCGUUCUACAUCUUGGCAUGGCUGGAGCUCUUCCCUUACUGUACAAGUGUUUAUGUGUUAUUAAGAGCAUUUACAUUUUA